UGUCAACUCUGCUCAACUUCCCACCUUUGGUCAUUGCUGCAUAGGAAAGCCAAGAAUCACAGCCUCCAGACGUCCCACAGUUCUGACAGACUUAGAGGCCGUGUGUUUGUCUAAGAAUGCCAAUUACAUAUGAAGACUGCCAGAACUUGGUAACUGAGGAGAAAAACCAGGAGACUGGAAAAGUGCCUCAUUGCCAGUCCAUCCUAUGGAAUAUCUUCUCCAAGCCCCUUCUUGUCUUGUUUACCCUGGGCCUCUGUCUCCUGAUGCUGGUGGUUGUCUCUGUGAUUGGAUCCCAAAAUUCCCAGUUACAGAAGGAGCUCAUCACCCUCAGAACCACUUUCAACAACUUCACCUCAAGCACAAAGAAUGAAGUCCAGGCACUGGCCUCGAAGGGAGAAAGCUUUCAAGAAACCAUUAAUUCUCUGAAAGUGGAGGUGGAUGAUAAUAGAAAAGAGCUGAUGUCAGCCCGCAACUUGAGCCAGAAGAUGGCUUCUCUGGAGAGCACAGUGGAGCAGAAGGAGCAGGUACUAAAAACAGAUCAAUCUGAGCUGAUCCUGCGAGUUCAAAAGCUGAGGAAGGACCUGACAACCCUGACUUGCCAGCUGGCCAACCUCAAGAGCAAUGCCUCUGAAAGGACAUGCUGCCCCCUUGACUGGAUACCGUAUGAAAGCAGAUGCUACUGGUUCUCUAAAUCGGGGAAAUCAUGGCCCGAGGCUGACAAGUACUGCCAGCUGGAGAAUGCCCACCUGGUGGUGGUCAACUCCAUACAGGAACAGAACUUUAUCCAGAAUCAUAAGGGCUCUGAGCACACAUGGAUGGGACUAACAGACCAAAAUGGACCCUGGAGAUGGGUGGAUGGGACUGACUUCGAGAGAGGAUUCAAGAAUUGGAUGCCACAGCAGCCAGAUAACUGGUAUGGACAUGGACUGGGAGGAGGUGAGGACUGUGCUCAUUUCCUUGCAAGUAAUGGUCGCUGGAAUGAUGAUGUCUGCCAGAGGGCCUACCACUGGGUCUGCGAAAUGGAUAUGAAUAAGGGAAGCUAGGCGUUUACCCUCACCUAAUUUAUAUCCUCAAGGCCUUAGUCCUUCUUUCUACAUUUGUUGCAUUUUAUCUAGGAUUUUUAAGAGCUGGAUCAAAGAUGGUGUCUGGAUGUGACAGAUGGAAGUGUAGGUUUAGUGAAACCUAUUAAUACUUCCUCUAAAUUUUAUUUUUUUACAUUAUCAAACAUUUAGGCUUCUUAAUGAUGCUUUAUGGAUGUAUUUUGUUUGGUACUUCCCUUGUUCCCCCACAAAAGAAAAAACUGUGACACUUUGCACAGUGUGCACCUUUUCAUUGUCAACUGUUUUUUAGAGUAAAAGAAGAGGAAUAUGCUUACA